AUGCCAGCCGUCAUGGACGACCCGGCCGGCCCCACCGUCUACCGGGUCUCCGGGCAGCCUCCGUUCCCGGACCCGAACUGCCCCGGGCUGCCCCCCGACAUUGUCCCCCGCCAAGUGACAUUGCGGGAUCGCCAGACGGUUGCGACGAUUGUGCCCUUUGUCUCGCGGCACCAGCUUCCCGCUUCGCUGCUGGUGUAUCUGUGCGACCAGCUGAACCGCGAGAUAGAGGGAGGUGAUACGUAUCCCAUGAUGGAAGCCUUUACCGUGGACGGUUUCGCAGACUACUGGUUCCAGACCUUUGGCGCCGUCAUGCUGAUGGGAAAUAUCGACUGUGCGCAGGAUGUCUUGGACGGCAAGGACUGGGCCAAGGAGUGUCUCGGAAGCUUCUUCAUCAAGCCCAAUUAUCCUGGUCGCAGCAGCCACAUCUGCAACGCCAGCUUCAUCACCACCGACGCAUCGCGUAACCGUGGCGUGGGACGACUCAUGGGCGAGGCGUACAUCGACUGGGCCCCGAGGCUGGGCUACACAUACAGCGUCUUCAAUCUCGUCUACGAAACCAACGUGGCGUCGUGUCGUAUCUGGGACGCCCUCGGCUUCAAACGCAUCGGCCGCAUCAAAGCCUGCGGCAACCUGCGAAGCCAUCCGGACCGGCUCAUUGACGCCAUCAUAUACGGCCGAGACCUGGCUCCGGGAGAGAGCGAAGAGCUCGUUAGCGAAGAGCGCUUCGACAAGAUACGAUUCUACCUCAAGUACGGCAAAUACCCCAACGGGGCAGACCGCGCCGAAAAGAGCAGGCUGCGCAGCGCGGCAACCCACUACAAGCUCCUCGAGGGCGACAAGCUCAUGCUCAAGGACAAGGAAGUCAUUUCGGACCCGGGGCGGCAGUACGAGAUUGCCAGAAACGUCCACGCCAUCCACCACGGAGGGAUCAACAAGACCACCGCCACCAUUGCAGAAAAGUUCCACUGGAGCCGCAUCAAGGAGACGGAAGAACGGGAGCGCCGCGCCAGCACGCCCCCCAGCUCGGCAACACCGUCCGGAGGCCUCGGCAGCGGCAGCGGCGACGCCCAGCGCCGCCAGGCACAGUCGCCCGUGCCGCAGCACGACGGCGACGGCGACGGCGACAUCCGCGUCGACGCCGGGCGCGUGCUGGCGCUGCAGCAGCAGAGCCGCGCCGGCAGCCUCAUGGACUCGCUGUCCCGGCCGGGCCCGGCGCCGAGCCAAGGCCCGUACGCCAACCCCAGCGACAUAUCCGUCCUCGCGCCGGCACACCAGGACGGCCACAUGCUGCACGGCGCUCACUCCCACGCCGUGCCGCACCCCCACGGCCACGGGCACCACGGCCACAACCCCAUGCUCCAGGACCGGCCUGCCUCCCACGAGGCCUACCAGCCCAUCGACCCCCAAAUCAUCAACCACCACGGCCAUCAGCAUGCCUCGUCGGCACACGACGACAUGCCCUUUGACCAGUACCACCCCCACGCCGACUUUCAGGCUCUCCUCAACGCGACCGAGGACGUGGGCCCGGAGCAGGAUUCCGACGCGGCCGCCGCAGAAGCUGCUGCCGCCGCAGCGGUGGACAGGGAUUUGGAAAUGUUGAUCGAGCACGAAGACGUCGACUGUCAUGAAGGUCCCAUGGACUGUCUAGAUGAAGCGAGGAGAACGGGGCAUCGCGACAGGCUGUACGACGUUGGGUUUGACGGGGGAUAG